UCGAAUACAGACCCUUCAAGGCUGCGGCUCCAACAUGGCCUCCAACAAAACGACGCUGCAAAAAAUGGGAAAGAAACAGAAUGGAAAGAGUAAAAAAAUUGAAGAGGCAGAGCCUGAAGAAUUUGUGGUGGAAAAAGUAUUGGAUCGUCGUGUAGUAAAUGGGAAGGUGGAAUAUUUCCUGAAGUGGAAAGGAUUUACCGAUGCUGACAAUACUUGGGAACCUGAAGAAAAUUUAGAUUGUCCAGAGUUGAUUGAAGCAUUUCUUAAUUCCCAAAAAGCUGGUAAAGAGAAAGAUGGUACAAAAAGAAAAUCUUUAUCUGACAGUGAAUCUGAUGAUAGCAAAUCAAAGAAGAAAAGAGAUGCUGCUGACAAACCAAGAGGCUUUGCCAGAGGUCUGGAUCCUGAAAGAAUAAUUGGUGCCACAGACAGUAGUGGGGAACUGAUGUUUCUCAUGAAAUGGAAGGAUUCAGAUGAGGCAGACUUGGUGCUGGCAAAAGAGGCAAAUAUGAAGUGUCCUCAAAUUGUAAUUGCUUUUUACGAAGAGAGACUAACUUGGCAUUCUUGUCCUGAAGACGAAGCUCAAUAAUUGUACGCAUUGCUUUUUAUAUAUAUUUAUAUAUAUACAUAUAUAUAUAAAAAUUUGGGUUUUGGUUUUGAUCUACUAGUGUGAAGAAAUGACUACGUUCUAAUGGAAAUCAAGUUUGAUAUGUUCAUUUUAAAGUAGUUUGGGGGGGUUGGGAGGUUUUUGUGUGUGUAUUUUGGGGUUUUGUUUUUUGUUUGCAUCUAAUAGCACUGGUUACUUUGAACAAAUAAAGCUUUCUGUAGUUGCUUCCUUUAUCAGAAAAGAACAUUGAUGCCAUGGUGUAUUAUUUUCUCUGCAUUAGAGAACAGCUUUACUAAUUAUUGGGGGAAAUUACCAUAGUCAUUAUUCAUUGUGGAUUUGUGUUUAACUCAUACAUUGCCUAAG